AUGAAGGGGGAUGCCGUAGACACAGAGAGACAACGCAGAGGGGACCGCUGCCGCAGAGCAGCAGCAGCAACAGCAGCAGCAAAAGAAACGCUGGAAAAGAGAGGAGCAGACGAUGCAUGCACUGCAGCUUCUGCGGCAGAAGAUGACCAGGCAUGCAGCGCCAGCAACAGAGGCAGCAGCAGCUGCAGCAACAGCUACAGCAGCAACUGCAGCAGCAGCAGCGGCGAUCUCUUUGUUGUCGGGAUGUAUCAGUAUGACGAGGCCACACGGUCCCGUAGGGGGGGUCUUUCAUUUUACAGCGUGCAGCAGCAGCAGCAGAGUGCAGCAGCAGCAGCAGCAGCAGCAACUCCUUCUGUGAGCUGCAUCCUACACCAUCCGACAGAAUCCUUCGGCUGUCUGGACACCCGGUGGCUGUGCGCUGCUGAGGGUUGCUGCUGCAGCAGCUUCAGCAGCAGUCGCAUAUUACCACACGAGUUUGAGUCUCUUCUCGCAGUUAUAGGCUCGGACUGCGCGCUGCACGCCUUUCGGGUGUGUGGACACCCUGAAGAGGAGGAGCAAGCCAAUAACAGCAGAACGAGCAGCAGCAGCAGCAGCGGCGGCAGCAGCAGCAGCAGCAGCAGCCUCCGUUGCAGUGCUGCUGCUCGAGUGCCCCUGCUUCAGGCUCCAGGCCGAGACCAGAUAGGCUUGGGCUUGGAUGCCCUUCAUGGCCAGCCAAAGUUCAUAGCAGCAACAUGCUCUGAUGGAUCUGCUGCUGUGGUGACGGACUUGGAGUUCUUGUCGCUUCUUUGGAGGGCUCAUGAUGCAGAGGCUUGGGCUGUGGCUGUCAGCCCCCACAGCAGCAGCAGCCUCAUUGCCACGGGGGCCGAUGACUGCCGGCUGCGUCUGUGGGACAUUCGGAGCUGCUGCCGCUUUGCUGCACUAGAGACGGUCAUCAGCAGCAGCAGCAGCAGCAGCAGCAGGAGCAGCAGGAGCAGCAGCAGGAGAAGCAGCAGAGGCAGCAGCGCGGAGCGCUCCCCGUGCCUGCGCGCUGAGAGCAGCAAAAGCCACUCCAUGGGAGUAACUUCUUUAUGCUUUUCUCCCACGAACUCUCAGCUGCUCUUUAGUGGCAGCUACGACGGCUUCAUUCGCUGCUUCGACCUGCGGCAGCUAAAGUACCCCCUGUCUUCAAGCCAGGCUUCAGGGGGCCUCUGGCGGCUGCGCCUUUCACCGGGGGCCCCCAGCGCUGGCUCUGGGGGCCCCCGGGGGGCCCCUGGCGCUGCCUCUGGGGGCCCCCGGGGGGCCCCCGGCGCUGCUUCGGGGGGCCCCCGGGGGCCCCCCGAGCCGCCCAAGGGCAGGCAGCAGCGGCCGCUGCUUCUUGCUGCUUGCUGCCACGGGGGCUACGAAGUUUGGGAAAUGGAAGAAGCAGAAGACGGUGCUGCACCGGUGCUGCAGCAGCUCCUGCAGCAGCAGCCUCACGAGUCUAUGGCUUACGGUAUCACUCAGCUCUGCUGCUUACCUCAGCAGGAGCAGCAGCAGCAGCCACAGCAGCAGCAGCAGCGCUUCAUCGGGGCCUCACCAACGGGGGAGCGUGAGCUGCAGCAGCAGCUGCUGCAGCUGCUAGAGUUGCUGCUCCAGCAGCAGCAGCAGCUAGCAGCACCAUCGCUGCCGCCUUUUAGAUCGGGCUUCAGCAGCAGCAGAACGGGGCGACAGCGGACUCAAGGGCGGCGGAGCAGCAGCAUAAGUGCAAAGAAGCGGCGGCAGGAAUUGCUGCUGCGGCUGCAGCAAGUUUGCUGCAGCAGGAGCAGCAAGAGAAAUCGACAGCGGAUUGGACAAAGGCAAGCCAUAGUAAGACAGCGGCAGCAGCUGCGCCUCAUAAGGACUUGGCCAGUAAACAGAACUCAGGCCUUCUUUCCCUGCUGCAGCAAAGGGGCCCCCAGCAGCAGCAGGGGCCCCCUGCAUCAUUGCUGCUGUGGCUACAGCAGGCGAGGCCCCGCUGCAGUCCCAUACGGGCACAUACUGUGGCCAGCUAGCGCCGCCUGCAGCAGCAGCAACAGCAGCAGCAGCAACAGCACCAUUGGAAGCAACGGAGCCGUCGCUGGGUAG